GAGCUUUAAGCAGCUAAGCAGCUCAAGAGCUCUCAGAGAGUAAGACAUCUGGAGGAAGUUGUGGUGGGCAGACGGUGAAAUCUGCUCAUCAGAAAUGCAGCAAGCAGGAUUUGGGCACUUUUGAAAAAUCUCCCUGGCACACACAGUAAAAGACGAAGUCUGAAGAGGAACAAAAUGCUUUAUGCUUUUGGACCCAUGUCGUAAGAGCUUUGCGAAAUUAUCUUGAGGUUUUGAAGAUUCCCACAAGAGAAGGUCCUCAUUUGAAAGAAAAUCUGGCUACAGAAAGACGAACGAAAGGAACACGUACUAAGAGCUACUCAAAGAAAAGCCAAGAUGGAAAGACCAUUCCUUCAAAUAUGAGCCUCACCCAUGCAAAGAGUUUUUUUUUUCUUACAGUAAUUCUGAGGCCUGGGACUGACACGAUGGGCGUGGAGAGUGUCCUGCCUCCUCAGCAGCUCUGGCCCAUUUUAAUUGGGCUUUCUCUACUGUCUUUGGCAGAGCCAUAUGGGUUCAGUAAAUGCACACAGUAUGCAUUAGACAUUCGCCAUGUGUUCUGCAUUCGGAAGAAGAUCACUAACUUGACAGAUGCCAUUAGUGACAUCCCUGGAUAUACCACUCACCUCAAUCUGACACAGAACCAAAUUCAGGUCCUUCCUCCCCAUAGUUUCACUAAUUUGUCUGCUCUGGUGGACUUGAGACUGGAGUGGAAUUCCAUUUGGAAGAUUAGUGAGAGGGCCUUUUGGGGACUUGAAAACUUGACCCUUUUGAAUUUAGUAGAAAAUAAGAUUCAAAGUGUGAACAACUCAUUUGAGGGCCUUUCCAACUUGGAGACCUUGCUCCUGAACCACAAUAAAAUUUCCCAUAUUCACCAGGACGCCUUUGUCCCUCUUGUCAAAUUGAAACAUUUAAGCCUAUCUCGAAACUUUAUUACCAAUUUUUCCAAUGUACUUGAAGCAGUCCAGCAUCUUCCAUGCCUGAAGUAUCUUGAUCUUACUAACAACAGUAUCAUCUCCUUGGAUCAAAGCCCCAGGACAUUGCUUUCCUUGACCCAUCUGAGCCUACAGGGGAACAAGCUAAUGAAGUUAAAUUUCUCUGCUUUGUCCCUGCCGAAUCUGACCACUCUGGAUGUCUCCCGGAAUAGCCAUCAAGUCAUUCAGCGUGUGUAUGUGCAAACUCUGCCCCAGUUGAAGAGCUUGAAUCUAAGCGCAACAAUAGUGAAGCUGGAAAUGCUUCCACCCGAACACCUGCAGAAUCUAAGGGAAGUGGACCUCAGCAACUGGGAGCUCAGAGGUGAUCACUUAAACUUGAAUGCAGUGUGCCACCUGCUCAGAAACUUGCCCCUAUUAGAGGCUUUGACUUUUCAGAAAAUCUCCACUGAUGCAGAGGGCAUAAAGCAUCUUGCCAACUGCACCAGACUUUUGUCCCUUGACUUGAGCCAAAGCAAGGAUCUGGGUCGCCUCGAUGGCAAUGAGUUUGUGGCUAUGCCCAGCCUCCAAAAGCUGAAUCUUAAAAAGUGCCAACUUUCCUUUGUCAGUAACAGGACCUGGAGUUCCCUCCAGAAUUUGACAUCCCUAGACCUGAGCCAUAACAUGUUUAAAUGGCUUCCAGAUUUUGCAUUUUCUCCCUUGAAGAGCCUACAGACUCUCUUUCUCUCUCGAAACCCCAUCACAGAAAUCAAUAAUAUGACUUUCAAGGGGCUGUAUUCAUUGAAGGAGCUCAACUUGGCUUAUUGUUGGAUAGUGACAAUUGAUAGACACUCCUUUACCCAGCUUCCAAACUUAGAGAGCUUAGAUCUUGGAGGCAACAAUCUUCGAACUCUAAAAUACAAAACCUUUGAAUCCCUGAAGAAGCUCCAAGUUCUGAUUCUCUCUCGGAACCGCCUGGAAACUAUAGAGGCAAGAGCGUUCUCUGGCCUUGCUUACCUUUCUAAUCUUGACCUGACAAGCAACAGGUUGUCAGGUUUUCAUAAAGACCUCUUCUUGGGCCUGGAAAGGCUGGAAGUUUUGAAUCUCAGUUUUAAUAAAAUCACAUAUGAAACUACAAGGAACUUGACAUUUCCUCCAUUUAUGAACCUCAAGUCUUUGAAACAACUCAACCUGGAAGGACAAGCACAUGGACUUCAGGUUGUUCCAGUGAACUUCUUCCAAGGGCUGGCUGGCCUGCAGGAGCUACUCCUAGGGAAAAAUCCCAUGGUAUUCCUGGACCACCUGCAAUUUGAUCCCCUGAUAAACCUCACAAGGCUGGAUAUCUCUGGAACAAAAGCUGGAGACAGAAGUCUCUAUUUAAAUACUUCCAUAUUCAAAAAACUCAAGAAAUUAAAGAUACUGUGCCUUGAAAACAACAACUUAGAAUCGCUGACUCCUGGCAUGUUCUCUGGCUUAGAAAGCCUUCAGGUCUUCUCCUUAAGAUUCAAUAGCUUAAACAUCAUUAAUCAAAGCCAUCUGGAAAAUUUGAAGUCUUUGAUGUACUUUGAUCUCUAUGGGAACAAACUUCAGUGCAACUGUGACAAUCUGUGGUUCAAGAACUGGUCAACAAACACAGCUCAUGUCCAUAUCCCCUACCUCCGGAGCUACCCCUGUCAGCAGCCAAAUUCUCAGAGUUUGUUGAUAGAUUUUGAUGAUGCUUUGUGUAAUUUUGACCUGGGAAAGGUCUACUUCUUCUGUUCCUUCAGUGUGGUCCUCACAACCAUGGUCUUCUCAUGGUUCAGUGCCAAGAUAACUUCAUCCCUGUGGUAUGGGCUGUACAUAUUUAGAGCCUGGUACGUAGCUAAAUGGCACAGGUCAGAGAAGGAGUUCAUCUAUGAUGCCUUUGUUUCUUUCACUGCCACCGAUGAGCUGUGGGUGUACAAAGAGCUUGUUCCAGCCCUAGAAGAAUGUGGCCAGCCUACCUUUAAGCUCUGUCUCCAUCACCGGGACUUUGAACCAGGUGUGGACAUCUUUGAGAACAUCCAGAAUGCCAUCAACACCAGCCGGAAAACUUUGUGUGUGGUCAGUAACCACUACUUGCACAGUGAAUGGUGUCGGCUUGAAGUACAGCUGGCCAGCAUCAAGAUGUUCUACGAGCAUGAAGAUGUUAUUAUCUUGAUUUUCUUGGAAGAGAUCCCCGACUAUAAGUUGUCCAAUUACCACCGACUCCGGAAACUUGUGAACAGACAGACUUUUAUCACUUGGCCAGACAAUGUCCAUGAAAGGCCACUCUUCUGGGCUCGCAUUAGAAAUGCACUGGGCAACAAAACUGUGGAGCAAGACAAUGCACGACUAAUUGUGGCCGAGUGACUGGAAGCUUUGUGACCUCAGAUUCAGCUUCUAAUGUUGCCCAAGAUCUGUAGAGGCUGAGUGUGACUUAAAGGUACCUUCUCUGCAGGCAGAAGGGCGUCGAUUGCUCCUGAUCAUAAAACCCAGGAACUUGGCCGGCGCCGUGGCUUAACAGGCUAAUCCUCCACCUUGCAGCGCCAGCACACCGGGUUCUAGUCCCGGUUGGGGCGCCGGAUUCUAUCCCGGUUGCCCCUCUUCCAGGCCAGCUCUCUGCUAUG